AUAUUAACCAAAAGGUAUGCCUGCAUGGCUGUGUGUAAAUAGUAGGCAUAUGAUGGGUUUAAAAUGACGGUUCACUUUGAAAACCUGUACUGUUGCACGUCUUAUGAAGUUAAUAGUCUGAACAUGGUAGCUGAAAUAUAAAAGGUGACGUGAUACAUUAUGGCGUCUGAUUUCUCAGGGCCGUUUGAACAAGAUCGACUGAACAGAGAAAGGCGACACGCAACAUGGUCAUGUGCAAAACACAACACGCCAAUCAAAUUCUACUGCGAACAUCACGUGAUAGCUAUAUGCAAUAUAUGUGUCACUGAGAACCAUAUAACUUGCAACAAUGAGAACAUAGAGGAUCUUAUAAGGGAAAUGAAAACAGAAACAGAUACUGGACAAAGGAAUGAGUAUUUACUCCAUGUUCAAGAAGGUAUAAAAUCUUGCAAAAGAGUUGCAGCUUUCGAUUUGACAUUGGUUCAAACAGCUGUUCAAAAUGCUUACGAUACUAAAAUUGAAAAUGAAAAAACAAUAAAGCGGGAAAAGGAAAGGGAAAUAAAUGCAGAAGCGGAUGAACAAAUAUGCCGAAUCAAUGAGGAGAGGGAGGCAAAGAUAAGGUUCUGUUACAAGUAUGCUGAUAAACAAAUAGAGCCUUUGGAGCAGCAGAAGAAUGAAAUUCUUAAGGAAAUCUCGCUUCUUAAAGAAAAAAUUGAAAACUUAGAGAUGGACUUCAAAAGGAAGCUCACCAUCAUUCACGAAAAGAUCAAAGAAUUAAAACAAGACGACUGUGAUUUGAUGAAAAAUACCUAUCGAAUCUUGGAAUUGAUUCGCUCAUUACGUGAUGAAGAAGGUUGCCAAGCAGUUAGAAAGCUGGAACACAUUCUGCGCAACGUCAGGUUCGUCAAAGGCUACAUCAAUAGCUCUUUCUGUGGGCGACUAGAAUGCUCUAAUUAUAUGCAGUGGAAACACAUCAAGACUAUCGAUGUACAAGGCAUUGAAAAUCCAGUGAAGGUGCCAAAAUUUGUGGGCUUAGUGGGAUACGAUAGCAUUGCUGUGACAAAUCAUGAACAAACUGAUCUUGGACUAUAUGUAAUCAAUCUCAGUCAAGGCACAUCUAUCAGGGCAGUCGAGGGCAGUCCCGAUACAUACUUUGUUGCCUGUUCCUCUAUCGACCGGAGCAGGGUAGCAUGCGGAAAGUUCAGCAAAAGAUGUACUGGGGACAUUUUGGACAAAUGUGUAACUGUACACGACGACAACUGGAAUCUGAUUCGGAACAUUCCUAUACCAAGAAAGGUCGAUUACAAUUAUGCCUAUGUGGAUGUUGGAUCAGAUGGUAAGAUCCUUGCCGCGAUUUAUGGACAGUCAAGCAUCCAUAUCAUCAACCCUGACAAUGGAGAGAUUGAGGACACGAUUAACUUCUCAGGAAAGGAAAUCCGCGGACGGAUCCACGCCUUGUCAUCAGGGAGCAUCAUCGCACGUAGUGGUGAAUGCGAAGUCACCGUCAUCACAAGAAAUGGGGAAACAAAGUCACAUGUCUACGACGAAGGGGACUUUUCCUUGUUUCGAUCAGAGACUCUAACGGACACUAUAUUUGUGACCAACUGGAAUAAGACCAGUGGAAGGUGUACCGUUGGUCAGAUGUCUUCGGACGGUGAAAUCAAGGUGAAAGGGGAGGUAGGUUUUAACGACCCGAGCACAUCUUUUUAUCGAAGUGCAUGCUUGGUGACUCCGUCUGGAAAGCUUGUCUUGUGUGACGAAAAACAAAUAUUUGUAUAUAAGAAGCAGUUUGUUCUUUAAUGGAUACCGGGCCAACACCCGGUCCUGUAGAAAGAAUGAAAAGUACGUCGUCAACCUUGGGUAUUCGUUUUGGGGUUAAUAAUCUUGUUAGGUGCUAAAAUGCAUUCAAAUUUGAUGGUUUGCAAUGUUGGGGAGUAUCAUGUAUUUAUUCAUUCAAGACUCUAGAGCCUUCACUCACUCAGCUCUAUGAGACUAUGGCUCCAUGCAGAUCAGGGUUAAAAACCACCUUCACAGGAGGGGGGUCAUAUAACAUUAGGCCUAUUAGAAAGCCUUUGAACGUGAGUAUUCGAGUAAUUAAAAUAUGCAAUGACUUUAAACUUCUGAUGAAGGGGAAUAGGGAGUGUUUAUAUCGAGUUUUGGUAUCGAUUUGAUCAGUGGUAAUAUACUUUUAUUAGUUUUUUUUUCUCUGAUAUUUGUGAGUCACACUCAUCUGGUACAUGCAGUGUCUUAUGAUAAAAUUACAUGAUGUGCAUAAUGUAUAAGAGUUUAAGUAAUUUGUUCGAAUUAUUCUUUACAAUUGUUACUUUGUGGACUGCAUUGUAUGAAUUUAAUUUGAGAGAAAAACAAUAAAUCAUCUUUAAAAAAAGUAAUACGGCGAACGAAUGUCUCAAAAGAACUCACAAUCGGUCAAAAGUUUGAAAAAUGAUUCAUUUGGUGAUUAAAUGUGAUAUUUUACAGAAUACA